GUUGACUAAACUAUAUUUUAAGGCAGCCAGGUAACAAAUUAUUUUAAGUUGAAUCAACAAAUUGUUUUUACAGAGUAUUAUAAGUAAUCUUUUUAUAUGCAUUGUAAAGUGUGGGCCUACUUCUUUUUCAAAAGGAUAUGAAAAACGUGAUUUUGAUAUUUAGUGCUCCAAUACAUUAUGCUAACAUGUUAGGUUUUGCUUUUCUGUAGACUGUUUAGUGGAUAUUGUUUUAUUGCACAUUGUUUACUAAGUGACUAUAGACCUGGGCAGAUUGUUGCUCUUCAGGACGGGGCACAGACUGGCCAGAGACCAACAGAGAAGAGGACAUUUCUCAACGGAUUGUAUGUGUGUGAAUAAAGCGGGGGCCUGUCCGCCCAGCGAGGGCUCAGUAAGAGACGGCUUAUGGGGUCAAGGUGGGCUGCCAGCUCUUGCGUGACAAGAUACAUAGGGCUUUUUGAUUCGCUCUUUGGCAGAUUACAGGUUGCUAUAGUUUCUCUAAUGCUCAAAUCAAGCAUUCAGCUAAUCGGCUCAGAAUAGGUUAAAGGCUGCUGCUGAUUUGGAAGAGAUAAAACUCGGCGACAGAAAAUUGGGGAGGAGAGUUUGACAAAAGCACGGCUGCUCGGGCUUUGAUGUCCCCGCUCCGCGUGAAUGUGGACGGGGACUGGAGAAACACUCUGAGCUUUUGGCCAAACACGUCGAUGUGACGAAACACAAUGGCGACUAUGGAGAGCAACAAGGCCCAAAAGAGUUGUGUUAUCCUAUUACUGAUGUUGUUUUCUUGCUUUCUUUCUCUGGCUCGCUCCGGGAAUCUCUGACACACACUAUGAAUAAAAAAAAAACAACACUUGGAACUCCUCACUCGGACCUGAAGUUUACGGCGCUCCACUGGGCGGCCAAGCAGGGCCGCGUGGAGAUGGCGGACAUGAUGGCGCGCUCCGGAGCGGACGUCAACCAGAGAGCGGGUUACACACCGCUCCACCUGGCUGCUCUACAUGGACAUGAGAACAUCAUUCAGCUCCUCAUCAAUAACUACAAUGCCAAAGUCAAUAUAAGGGACUAUCAUGGGAAGAUGGCAGCUCAUUACUGGAAUGGCAGCAAGGAUAUUUUUACUGAACACAGAUCAUAUUCUGCGGGCAGCUGGCCGAGGGGGAGGCGGGCCCAGUGUUACGCGCAGCUGUCUGCCCUCCUGUCUCGCUCUCAGAGUAACAGAACCAUCAGCACAGAGACGUCUGGCAGUCCAUUAGAGCUCCAUCCCGUAAACCUAUCACCAUCAUUCUGAUGCACACACUCAACAUUAAACACUGAAAAUGUCACUAAAAAAUGUAAAUCACUGUAAGCACCUGGUCUUGUCUACCUCUUCUAGAAGUACAUACUUUGCUGACGAUGGGACAAUACUGCAGCCACAUUAGCAACAUUUUUGGCAGAACUGGAGUAAACUAGUCAAUAGUGUAGCGAUGUAUGAAGCAGAGUUUCGUCAGAAGUCCUUUUAAACCAAGUAGCUUUAUUUGGCUCAGCACGGUGAAUUUGCAUGACCAACCGACCCAAAACAUGUGCAAACAUCAUUGCUGUUAAUCUUGCACUGACCUGUCAGAAAUACCAAAACAGUCUCUCCUGCUUUCUCUUUAUAUACACCCCAAUUAACACAACACCUAGAGGAACACAACACGGCGUAAUGCUUCUGUCCGUCUGUUGUAUCUCAGGCCUUUGUCUUUGUUUGGACACUAGCUGCAGUAUGUCUCACUAUCAGACCAACUCUCGCAGCCGAUGUCCACCAUGUGAGAAAGCUAUGUGCAUACAGCUGACAGUCAGAAUGGACAAAUGUAUGCGAGACUUACAUCUGUGAAAACACUUUCUGUAAUGAGAAAAAAAAAAAAACAAUUAAAGAAAUGAUAGUGACUGUAGGUCAUUAUUUUAUAAAAAAGGAAUCAAACAAUGUGAACUUCAAUAUGUAGAUUGCUAAAGAUUCAUCAAAGUCUAGCAAUCUUUAGUGACCGUAGUUUGGAUUUCCUGCAGCGGUGUGACAUUCCCAGAGCCGUUCGGAAAACUCAACGGCAUGUCCUUGUGUGAACGUGCAUUAUGUCUGACUGACACUGAGAAUAUGGUUUGAAAUGUGAAAAUUCAAUGCAAGAAGAUUGGACAUCUCUGUUGUAUUGUUGUUAUUUCGUCCAAUGAAUAAGAAAAUUAAUAUCGCAAAAUAACAUUGUGACAGCACAUCUGUUGCUGGUUAGUGUUACGAUCUGGUGUCAGAAUGUGUCCGGAGGUGUUCAGGUGUAACUUAAAAAAAAAAAAAAAGCAGACACU